GGGAAACCUGGUGCUUUGAAGCGCUUAAGGAACAGGAGACUGACAGUGGAGGAGAAGCAGAAAGAGAAGGGAUCUGGGAUGAUAGAAAAGCUUCUACACUCACUGCAGGGGGCUGAAUGAAAUCCUCAUGAUCAUUACACACUCGCUCGAUAAUAGUAUACCCCAGUCACGUCUCCCUCCAAGUGCAUUUUGCUGGAAUCACUGAGCAGAAGCAAAGAAGAGCUGAUGACUAUGUGCUGCCGAAGCAGGUUGCGGGAGCCCUCUGUUUUCCACUGGCUGCAGUUUUUCUGUUUUAUUUGCAGCGUCUCCCAUCUGGAAUAUCAAAACGGGACUGAAGUAGAUAAUUGUUAGCAGUGGGUUUUGGAGAGAGGCUGCAGACUGCCUCUCACCCAGCACAAACUGCUCUGCCUGAGAGCGCUAUGAAUAGAUGAUUUUUAGAUGUUCCCCACAUCAGAUGCUCCUGGAAACUUUACAGUGGAAACGAGCGAUUGCGCACAGUUCUUUAGUUGACCAAAAGGGGCAAGACGAGGGCAGGAGGACUGAACAAUGGGAUACGUUGUCCUUGGAUUCCUCACAGAAAAGCUAGCAAAUGUGCCCUGCUGCCUUCCAGUGAAAGGAGCAUGAACGCUCCAAUGGACUGAAUUCUACCCAACCAAGCUUAAGGAAGCUUUUUCUCAAGGAUGGGAUACAGUGACCCCUCCUCAAGCAGGGACUUGCUGGGAAACAGAACUUUGUUCUUCAUCUUCAUCUGCGCCUUUGCUGUGGUCACUUUGCUGCAGCAGAUCCUGUAUGGGAGAAACUAUCUCAAGAGAGGGCUGCAGUUUAGCUGGCAGAGUGGAGAGGAAUUGGCAAAUUGGACCGGGACCUUUAAUUUCACGGAUGAUGGAGCACUGAAGAGUGGCAGUGACACAGGCACCAGGUACUUUGAGUUUUAUGAAGGGCCUUUUGAGUACAACUCCACAAAAUGCCUGGAAUUAAGACAGGAUAUCAUUGAGGUGAAAGUGCUCUCUAUGGUGAAGCAAACGGAAUUGUUCGACAGGUGGAAGAGCCUACAGAUGUGCAAAUGGGAGAUGAAUGUGACAGAAGCCAACCUAUUCAAGUCUACUUUGUCAAGAUGUUGCAAUGCCCCUGCCUUUCUGUUCACCACACAGAAAAAUACUCCCUUGGGAUCUAAGCUGAAAUAUGAAGUGGAUACUAGUGGAAUCUUCCAUAUCAAUCAAGAAAUCUUCAGAAUGUUUCCAAAGGACAUGCCGUACUAUCGCUCCCAAUUUAAGAAAUGUGCUGUGGUUGGGAAUGGAGGGAUUCUCAAGGACAGCAGAUGUGGACGGGAGAUUGACAGUGCAGAUUUCGUAUUUCGAUGCAAUUUACCACCUAUAUCUGAAAAAUAUACAGUAGAUGUUGGUGUAAAGACAGACGUCGUGACAGUCAAUCCCAGCAUUAUUACUGAAAGAUUCCAUAAGCUGGAGAAAUGGAGGAAGCCUUUCUACGAGGUGCUGCAGGUUUAUGAAAAUGCAUCCGUGUUGCUGCCUGCUUUCUACAACACCCGCAACACGGAUGUCUCUAUCCGGGUCAAAUACGUGCUGGAUGAUUUUGAAUCUCAGCAAGCUGUCUACUAUUUCCACCCUCAGUAUCUCAUCAAUGUUUCACGCUACUGGCUCAGUCAGGGGGUGCGUGCCAAGCGGAUUAGCACGGGAUUGAUUCUCGUGACUGCUGCUCUGGAGCUCUGUGAAGAGGUCCACCUUUUUGGCUUUUGGGCUUUUCCCAUGAACCCCUCAGGGAUUUUUAUAACUCACCAUUACUAUGACAAUGUCAAACCUCGCCCUGGCUUCCAUGCAAUGCCCUCCGAAAUCUUCAACUUCCUCCACAUGCACAGCAAGGGGAUCCUGCGGGUUCAUACAGGGACUUGCAGUUGCUGUUGAUGGUGAUGAUUUGUCCUCUGAUGUAAAAGCGUGACAGGAACUCAGUGUCUAUGUUUAGUGUAGAAGAGUUUUAUUACAUCCUGAAAUUAUGCAAUAAUUGUUUGAAUCAAUUUCUCAAGGCAUUGUGUCCCAUAGAAGCUGGGAUUCCAGCAUCCUUCCUGCUAGCGGGGUUAGGGUUACGUGAUCUGGGUGAAGUGAAAUUUGUCCAUCAUAGGAAAUACACUGCCCUGGAAAUCAAACCAAGAAGCACAUUUUCAAUAGAUUUUAGAGAUAUACAGAGCACAUUAGUGUAGCUAUCAUUUCACUUUCAGGAAAAGCACCAAACUGAACCCACUGGGUAAGGUGAAUUUUAACAUAUACUGCAGGGCAGUAGAUAGGUGUUUUGAAUCAUAAACAACUGGACAUUGUUGAUUUUAUUGAACCUGCUGUUCUCUUGCAUUAGGGAUUUAAAACAUAUUCUUUAAACAUUAUUGCAGUUGUAAGGGAAGAGGUAUAAGCGAUGAUCUUUAUUGUGUAAUGGCACAUCACAUCCACGAAGUAGGUCGAUGUAGUAUCUCAUGGUCAGGUUAGAACAUCCGUGAGAAUCCAGGUACGAUAGAACAGGUGAUUAAACUGCAAUUCCCAGUAAAAUGACUGCAUCAGUCUUGUCAGAUCUCUUCUUUGGUUUUCCUUGUGUCUUACACUUCUUCCCUUCCCCAAACAGGUUUUCUUUCUCAUAGCCUGACUCACUUUCCCUUUAGCAAAAAAAAGCUAAUGGUUUGUGUUUGCUUCUGCAGUCACCAGCUAUGGACUUCUGACUCUACUUAACACAAGGUAUGUCGACUCCAGCUACAUAAUUAACAUAGCUGGUGUUGCGUAUCUUGAUUUGACUUUCCCCUUUAAUUUAGACCUGGCCAAAGUUAUGAUGGUAAAAGCCCUAGAGUAGCUGCAGUUUUGUAAAAGAUGCCUUAUACUAGUGUAGCUUAUUUCAGUUCUUACACAGAAAUCAACUAUGCCAGUAUAAGCACUUUCAUACCGUUACAGGUAUGUCACACUAGGAACUUUUUCUACUUCAACUUGGCAUAACUGAAGUGGCAAAAAUUUGAGGUAUAGACAAGCCCUUAAUCUGAAAUUAUGUUUAGCCACCUCUCAGAUAGUAUCAGUAAUUUGGAAAACAUGUAUAAUCAAAUCUGGCUCAGUGUUUUGAAAGUCUCUAAAUAACAUGGAGGGUGGGCUCUGAACUAGCCACACCUCAUCUAGCAACAUGGGAAAUGCCAUUUUGGCAGACUAGAAAGUACUUACCCAUUGAAAAAACAAAGGUGUGAUUAAAGAGAGAUUAAAAGACAUAGUAGAGCAAGAACCCUUAUGUUUAUUGUUACUGGAUCUGCUGAGAUCGAACUCUUGAUCUGUUGAUGUCAGUUUGAUGCCAAGUUAGUCCAGACUUCAUGAAAUUUGUUUAAUCUGGUGGACAGAUUGAUUUAGUUCCAGUACUUAUUUUAAUGGCUUAUAGUAGAGAGCUAAUACCACACAUCCCAGAGUUUUUAAUGGCUUCAGGGUAUUCUGAUUCUUCAUCCCUAUUAGAGAUUGGCUAAGGAGGCGAAAGUCGGAUCCAGACAAGGAUUAUUUAGCCAUCCUUUUCCAAAAUCAAAUCUGACAAGAUCUCUUCCUUCUCUGCACUAUUUCAACACGAUUUCCUUCCCUUCUUCCUUUUCCUAACCCUGAGAUCUUUCUCCUGCUGUUUGGCUUUAAUCCAUAGUCCUCUCUCUCCAUGGCUAUUAUCAUAUUUUUAUCAGUUUAGUACCUAAUCCUUCUUACCUCCAUUCAUCCAUGGCUAAAGGCCCACUGGAAGGCAAACACAAACUCCUAUUGUUUCUAAUAGUAGCAGCCCUAAUUCUGUCUCUCCAUUGACAACUACACUCUCCUUCCUAUCUUCCCAAGCAACGAUCUUAGUGUAGAGGGAUCUUCUUAUUCCCUCUAUAGCCAAGCUCUCACCAAAUUGUCUAAAUUCAGCUUCUUGAUUAUCAACAGUAUUUGCCCCUUCUUUACCCCACCAUUACUAAUGUACUUGCUGGUUCUCUUUCAUCUAUUUUACUGUAACUUCUCACCUCUUCUUUCCAGCCUUCUUUCUGUCUCCCAGUUCUGUCAUAUUGGUCUUUUUGUAAGAUCCUCCAUUGGUUCUCUGUCUUUUGCUACAUGAAAUUCAGUCCACUAGACAGCCUGCUAUAAUCUUGCCCCACCUUUAUCUUACAUCUCGUCUUUCUCCCUGUCCCGCUCCUCUGCCCAUGCACUUCCCAAACUUUUGACACGGCUUCCUAUAUCUUGAUAGUUCUCUCACCUUCGUGCCUCAUUUACCUGACCUGAGACACUUUUGUUGUCCUCUCUCUCUUCCUCCAACAUCACCUCUUCAAACAACACACUUUCUCAUCUUCCUCACCUGAAUUAUUGUCCAAUGUCUUUGUCUUAUUUAGUUUUGAAACCUUCAGUGAGGAAACAUGCCUUAACUGGCAUGCAAAGAGCAGUGCACAUUUACGGGACUACAGUAGGAUCAGAUAUAAAGUUUUGGGUAGGGUUUGAGUUCAAAUCAGGGUCUAGGGUGUUACAAUAUAAAGAUCCCAGAAGCAUUUCUUGCAAGAUAUUAGUUCACUCUCUUGAAAUUUCGUUUCAGAGUCCUCCCAGUCCUUAUGUCUAUCAUAAUUAUUUCCAUUAUAAACCAAACAUAAAACAAAUCUAAAAGGAAGAGAAGUACUGUGGUCUUCAUUAACAACUCUGUGUAACAGCAGUGACCAGAAUGCUGUUGAAGAGUGAUAGAAAUGUAGCCGUGUUAGUCUGGGGUAGCUGAAGCAAAAUGCAGGACAAUGUAG